AUGACGACUGAUGGUACUCCGAUGUCAUUAUUAGGUGUUGGUAAGUUGAUACAUCUCCACUAUCUUGACUUAUCACGCAAUUACAGCAUUAGAAGGUUGCCUGAGUCAUUAUGUGACUUGCACAAUCUGCAAUCAUUGAUAUUACAGAAAUGUAAUUUAGAAGAGUUGCCUAACAAUAUUGACAAGUUGAUAAAUCUAUACUAUCUCGACUUAGCUUACAAUUACAAUAUUAGAAGAUUGCCUGAGUCAUUAUGUGACAUGUACAAUAUGCAGACAUUGACAUUAUAUGGUUGUGAUAAUUUAGAAAGCCUCCGGCAUGGCAUGAUAAAGUUGAUCAACUUGAGGAAACUUGAUAGACUAGAUAAGUUUAUUGACAAGAUAACAAAGAUUGGGAAGCUUACUUCUCUUCAGAAUUUGUCUGUUUUCAAAGUGUUAAAGGAUAAUGGACACAAACUUAUUGAAUUAAACGGUUUGAAACAACUUCGAGGAGGACUAUGUAUAACUAAUCUUGAGAAUGUGGAAAACAAAGACGAAACAAAUAUUGCUAGUUUGAAUAGUAAAGAAGACCUCGAUGAGUUGGAACUAGAAUGGACAUCUUUGCAAGAAUUUGAUUCAGAUGUUAAUUUGCACAUCUCAGAGCAGGUGCUUGAAGGUCUCCAAUCACAUCACAAUCUACAGAGUUUGACAAUCAGAGGAUAUAAUGGUGCUAGACCUCCCAAUUGGCUACACGAACAAGUAUAUUCUAGAUUGGAAACUCUCCAACUUCAAAAUUGUAAAAACUGGAACGAUUUAGUAGUUGUUAGGCAACUAUCACAGAUAAAGCACCUCUGCCUUGUGAGAAUUCCAGUCCAGACCCAAAAUUUACACAAUUUGUUCAAUCCAGAACACUGCAAGUUUUUCUCCCAACUAGAAGAAUUGGUACUAGAGGGCAUUAUCAUGUUGGAGGAUCUCCCAAAUCUUGGCCAACUUCCAUGUCUCAAGUCUCUUAGCAUUCAAAGUUUGCCGGGAGUGAAAAUGAUAGGCGAUAGAUUCUUUGCCACAACAGAAGAAGGCAGUUGUUUUCCAAGAUUACAUUCUCUCAGUUUUCAUGAAAUGCCAGCAUGGGAAGAGUUCCAUUUCUCCAAUGAUAGAAAUCUAUUUCCCUGCUUGGUUCUUUUGCAUAUUUCAAAUUGCCAAAAGUUGCUGAUGUUACCACGCCUUCCACCUUCAAUAACAUGCCUACAAUUAAAGAACGUUGGGCUGGAAGAUUGUCCAAGAUUCUGGAAAGCAAUUGAUGAAGGUAGCAGCAUAACUAAUUCUGCAUCUGUUACAGAGUUGUACAUUUAG